AUGUCUUCUGUGCUUCUUGCUUCACCAGCAUCCGCACCUGUGACAAAGGCUAAGUCUGUUGGACGUGAUUCCAACCAUGACGAGGCUUUGUCUGAAGACCGCUAUGGAGACUUCGUCAGUAGCAUUAACGAGUCAAUCUUUGAUCACAAGGGGGAUAAGUUCUACUUGUAUCCGCGCUAUGGCAAGAGCGAGCACCUGGCAAAAACUGGUCUUCCGGAGCUGGACGAGCGCUACACAAUAACCCGCUACAUCUAUGCAACAGUUCAUGGAUACGCACCGUCUGCAUGGUUUGGCUUCGUUGCCGUAUCUACGCCGCAGCAGAGCGACAUAUACAGCUCCACCAAUGAAGCUCAUGCGUUUGGGGAGCCGAGCCUGAGGAACCAGAUCUUCAAGGAGGUAGAGGAGCUUGUUUCUUCUGGCGACAACAAGAAAGACGUGAGGAUUGUGUGUGCCGGCCAUAGCCUGGGCUCGUCUCUCGCAACCUUGGCUGCAGCUGACCUGAGCAUCAACUUUGCUAGCAGCCGCAGCAAUGUCAAGGUCCACCUCGUUGCUUAUGCUUCACCCAAAGUGGGCAAUGCGGAAUUCAAGCGCCUGGCGGAGAGCCAGUCCACCUUGGUGAUUACACGAUACAGUGGGGUUGGGGAUUUCGUACCACACGUUCCAAUAUACGAUGCUGUUGAAAGCUGGAUUGGGGCAAUUCCAAGUCACUUCCCUAUCACAUACUAUCACCAUGUCGGGAAAGAGCGAAAGCCAGACUGGACAAAGUCACCAUACGUUCAACCAUGGUUACUCAAUGUACUUAGCACACGUGUUUGA